UCAUUCCAGAGCUUGUAGCAUUCAGAUCUUUAAACAACUGUUCAGCAAAAAAAUCUCUGCAACUUUCAAGUUCAGAACCAAAAUCUGAUCAACAAUGGAGGCGGUGAGCAAGACGACCAAAGGCGCCGGAGGAAGGAAAGGCGGCGAGAGGAAGAAGGCGGUGACGAAGUCUAUCAAGGCCGGCCUUCAGUUUCCGGUCGGCCGUAUCGCUCGGUACCUGAAGAAAGGCCGUUACGCUCAGCGCUGCGGUACCGGUGCUCCGGUAUACCUCGCCGCCGUCCUCGAAUACCUAGCUGCUGAGGUUUUGGAAUUGGCCGGGAACGCGGCUCGCGACAACAAAAAAACGAGGAUUAUCCCCAGGCACGUUCUCCUGGCCGUGAGGAACGACGAGGAGUUGGGGAAGUUGCUUCAAGGAGUCACCAUUGCAGCCGGCGGUGUUCUUCCCAACAUAAACCCGGUUCUGCUCCCGAAGAAAUCCGCGGCGAGCGAGGAAAAGGCUUCGCAAAAAACUCCCAAGUCUCCUAAGAAGGCUUAAAUUAAAUUAGUGGUUUAUCUUCGUAAUGUAAAUGGGCCAUGGGAUAUGGAUUGGGCUGUCUAAUCUCUGAUUAGCUUUUGAUCUCUAAUAGGGAUGGUUAUGUAGCGUUAGAUAAGUAGUAACCGCAGCAGCGUUUGGUAGUAUGGAAAAUGAAAAAUGUACUUGUUUUAAGGAUGUAUUAAGAGCCUUAAUUUUAUUUUUGGUUUAUUAAUAUGGUGAUGUUUCUCUUUCGAAA